AUGCCACUGCUUGUGGCUCGUUUUGUUUUGGGAUACUCCCGGGCAAUCCCCCGAUUAGCUGAGACCGCAUUUCCUCAUCAACGUCAGACAAUAUCAUCAUUUACACGCCUUUACUAUUCAACAUUUCAAUCACAUUCCAUUUCGUCUGUCAAGACUGCUGUCCAGGCAAAUGUUCCGCGCCAAGUUGCUUGCCCUGAAUUUUUUAAAACAACAACUUCCUGCACUGGUUCUCUAUUGGCACUUGCAGUUGGACUUCGGGUUUCAUUUGAUCCGUCUGUUCUUAGUUUCCGUAAAGUGCAUUGUGAGGCACGUUCGUUAGUUGUUCGUGAAUCUGUAACCCCUGCAAAGGUUCUGGCAAAAAUUGAGCAGCCCAGAGAGUCACUUUCGAGUGCUAUUUGGGAAUUAGUGAAACCCGAUUUAUUUCUUUUGGCUUGUAUUGUGCUGACUGCCGUAGCUGCAGCUGUGGUUUAUCUUCAGACACCUGUUGUAACAGGCGAACUGAUCAAUGUUCUUCAAUUGAGUUUCACCUCAGGUGCUUUAUCUAUACAGGACCUUAAUGGGCCUGCUAUUCGAUUACUGGCUCUUUUGUCUGCCCAAGGUUUCUUUACUUUUGCCCACAUCACUCUUGUCUCUCUGUUUGGUGAAAAGGUUGCUGUUCGCCUAAGACGCGACCUGUUCUCUGCUAUGGUACGCCAGGACAUGUCUUUUUUUGAUGACCAUAAGUCAGGAGAAUUGGUUGGUCGAUUAACAUCAGACGUAGCCGAUUUCAAGCAUACCUUUAAACAAGUCGUAACCCAAGGCCUCAAAUCGAUAACUCAGACAGUUGGAUCGGCCAUUCACUUGUUCCGUAUCUCUGCUCCCUUGACCCUUACAAUGUUAGCCACAAUGCCUAUUCUCUAUGUUCUUUUGAAUGUGUACGGCGCUUAUCUCCGUAAAUUGAGUAAAAUUGGAAAGAGUUUGGAUAGUGUAGCAAGUGGAUUGGCAGGAGAGGUCCUAUCGAAUAUGAAAACAGUACGUGCAUUUGCUUCAGAGGAACGUGAGAUGGAACAUUACGGAGCUGCUUGUCAAGAAGUAGCUGAGGCUAACGAGUAUAUGGGAUUCCAUAUUGGAAUUUUCCAAGGCCUGACAAAUGUCUCAAUUGGUUGUAUGGUUCUUACUGUGCUUUACUAUGGUGGAUCUUUGGUUGUACGCAACGAGAUGACAUGCGGUGAACUAAUGACCUAUAUGCUCUCCACUCAAACUGCUCAGCAAUCACUUGUCUCUUUGGGUGUCUUGUUUAGUCAAACCAUCAAGGCAGCUGCUUCUGCAUCGCGUGUAUUUGAGUUCAUUCAUUUGGCGCCUAAUGUCCCUUUGCAUGGUGGUUUGAUGCUAGAACAUGUUGGAGGAGAUCUUGAAUUUACCCAGGUAGUAUUCCGCUACCCCACACGUCUUGACCAGCCUGUCUUGGAUCGAUUCGACCUGGUUGUUCCUCAGGGAACUACUGUUGCUCUGUGCGGUCCUUCAGUUGCCUCAUUGAUCGAGCGGUUCUAUGAGCCUUUGGAAGGUAGCAUUCGACUGGACGGACAAGAACUGAGAACCCUGGAUCCUUCCUGGCUGAGACAUAACGUUGGAUUCAUAAACCAAGAGCCCGUGUUAUUUGCCACUUCAAUUGCGGAAAAUAUCCGGUAUGGUCGGCCCGAGGCAACGAUGGAAGAAGUCAAGGAGGCUGCCAGGAAAGCAAAUGCUGCUUACUUUAUUGAGGGUUUCACGGAUGGCUACGACACAAUGGUUGGUGAGAGAGGUGCCUCGCUUUCUGGUGGACAGAAGCAAAGAAUUGCCAUUGCUCGUGCCAUUCUAAAGGAUCCCAAGAUUUUGAUAUUGGAUGAAGCAACCUCUGCCCUAGACACUCACUCUGAAAAGAUGGUUCAAGAAGCAUUAGAUCUUUUGAUGAAGGGAAGAACUGUUGUGGUGAUUGCCCACAGAUUGUCGACCAUUCGAUCUGCAGACAAGAUUGUGGUGAUGGGCCGAGUCCCUGGCAAUGUUCUUGAACAAGGCACCCACGAUGAGUUGAUGGCCAACCAGUCAGCGUAUUUUAGACUCCACAGCCAGCUUUCCCAUGCCAACCCUAUUCUAUAA